CUUUACUUUCAUUCAUUGGUCAAGCAUACUGCAUCAUGGCAUCCGAAGAAGCUAAUCCCAAGACUGUGGAUGAUGCCGAACAGCUUGUACAGUCGGAAGACCCGCAGCAUCCAUCAAACCUGAUCUGUGAGCUUUGUCGGAAGUUUUAUGCGUUGGGCUGGGUCACAGGAACCGGCGGUGGAACCAGCAUUCGCUAUCAUGACCACAUCUUCCUCGCACCAUCCGGCGUGCAGAAGGAACUCAUGAAGCCGAGUGAUAUAUUUGUGAUGGACUUCAACACGAAGGAAUAUCUCAGGAAGCCGAGCGUCCUCAAGCCCUCCGCCUGCACGCCCCUCUUCCUCGCUGCUUUCACACGCGGCGCCGGCUGCUGCAUCCACACACACUCGCAAUGGGCAGUUCUCGUCACUCUACUCGUAGAGCGCGACUUCGGUCAAUCGGCGUGCUUCGAGAUUGAGGAGAUUGAGCAAAUCAAGGGGAUUGGGAAAGGACGAGGGAAGGUCGGGAAUUUAGGGUAUCAUGACAGGCUGAGGAUUCCUAUCAUCGAGAAUACGGCUUUCGAAGAAGAUCUCACUGAGAGUCUGGAGGUUGCGAUGGAGAAGUACCCAGAUACGUAUGCUAUUCUAGUCAGGCGGCAUGGGAUAUACGUAUGGGGCGACAACGUGCACAAGGCGAAAACACAGUGCGAGAGCUUGGACUACAUCUUCCAACUCGCAGUUGAGAUGAAGAAGCUGGGAUUGCCGUGGGCAAAGAGCAGUGAUACACAUCUCAGUGAUAUUUAAGAGGAUGCUAAGGAGCUAGAUAGGAGUAAACAUGACUGCUGGUACUUUUCCUUUAUGAAUUCUCUAGUGAUGACCAAUUAUGUUGUCUUCAGCAGCGAUUGUAAAGUAUUUCUAAGAUUGUAGAAAGCCUAAAAUAGAUGUUGGUAGUAACAACAUAUAAUGACAAAGGCUGCUGCGGACUUUCAGUCACGCUAGUUCUACCCCGCAGCAAGCUACAGCC